GACAAGGAAUGUGUAGUAGCACUCUAUGAUUACCAGGAGAAGACGGCAAGAGAGGUGUCCAUGAAGAAAGGAGACAUCCUUACUCUGCUCAACUCCACCAACAAGGAUUGGUGGAAAGUUGAAACCAAUGAUCGUCAAGGGUUUGUUCCCGCAGCUUAUGUCAAGAGAAUUGACUCCCACAAGGCAUCUCAGGAGCUUCUUGCACAGACUCCUGAAGUAGACUCUGUGGCUCAGAACCAGAAUGCCCUGGAUGAAAAGUAUGAUGAAAUGAUGAAGAAGGGAGAGGAAAGAAGACAGAAACUAGAAGACUCCAUCCAUAGAUACACCCUGUUGAGAGAAGCCCACGAGCUGGAAUCUUGGAUCAAUGACAAGGAAGAUGAUCUUAGAAUUAGGAUCUCCCCAGCAGGCGAAUCAAUAAUGCGUUCAGUUUACAUGGGGAAUGAGUUGUGA